CACACGGACAACAACAACAAGCACACGCAUUCGCUGCUCUUCCGUUGCCCAUGACACCGGAGCGAAGUUCUGACAGCUGAUCCCCAAACCGCUUUCCAGACACUUUCCGAACCCCAGAUCCCGGUUUUUAAUCCGGAGGCGAGCGCUGCGGAGCGGCCGCGGCGAUCCUGGAGGCGGCUCUACCGGAGGACAGCGGCCGAUUAUGGUGUAGCACGGAGCGUUAGCUCGGAGAGACGGAAGACAUUUGAGCAGCGGACGCAGCGGGGUGUAGCGCAGACGGAGGCGUGCCACAGCAGCUCAGCCAUGCUUACACUGGCCAGCAAGUUGAAGAAGGAGGAUGGAGGGAAGACGGGCCGUGCCUCUGGAGCCUCUGACUCCACCCACAGGGUCUCCAUCAGGGACCGCCUCCUCACCAAAGAAGUUGCAGAACUUGAAGCCAAUCUCCCUAGUACAUGCAAAGCCAGUUUCCCAGAUGAGAAUAAGCUGCAUCACUUCCAGCUGGCAGUGUCUCCUGAUGAGGGUUACUACCAAAGUGGAAGGUUUCAGUUUGAAAUAGACGUCCCUGAAGCCUAUAACAUGGUGCCUCCUAAAGUCAGAUGUCUGACCAGAAUAUGGCAUCCGAAUAUCACAGAAAACGGCGAGAUCUGUUUGAGCUUAUUGCGAGAACAUUCAAUUGACGGCACAGGCUGGGCACCAACCAGAACGUUAAAGGAUGUUGUCUGGGGAUUGAACUCAUUGUUUACUGACCUGUUGAACUUUGAUGACCCGCUGAACAUCGAUGCAGCAGAACAUCAUCUGAGAGACAAGGAGGAUUUUCGAAAUAAGGUUCAAGAUUACAUCAAGCACUACGCCAGAUGAUAGAAGCAUCGGCUACCCACAUCAGCCGUGGCGCCAACCAACCAAACUGCUCUACCUUGCCUGUGCUUCUCUGGCCGACUUCCUCCACGUGUGAAACAGCAGCAGACUCUAUGACUCUUACCACCCCCCACCCCCCCACCACCUCCUCCCCGACACUGCAACCCCGCCCCGGCCUCCCUCCUGCUCACCCAGUUUGCAAUAAACGUCACAUUGCAGAAAUAAAAAAAAUAAAAUAAAAAUAUUUGGGGUAAAAGAAACCGAAUUACAAAUGCUUCAAAGGAAGGACUUGCAAAAUAAUAAGAAAAAAAAUGCUUUAAUUAUGCUAAUCAGUUGAUUGUUAAAGCAGCAACAAUGUCUGAAUCAGUGACAGCGCCUCACUAAGGCGGCUACGAGCCUGCUGGGAACAAGCCAUGGCUCUGUUACGAUCAGCUCCCUGUUUCAGUGCCUGCAUUGUUUGUGUUGCUUCUGAGAAAGUGCAUGGGAGUCCACAAAUGUUCACACACACACACACACAGAAAACACGCGUCACAUGUCGUUGUAGAAGGUGAGCACACACAUACAUGAAGCUUCCUCAUUAGACAGCAUGUGAAUGAUCAGAUUUUGUUUCUGCUCUCAAAGCAUGGAAGCGUAGUCCUGUGCCUAGCGCUUAAACCACCGCCUCCAUCUUUAUAUUUUGUUUCCAGGCUCUCCAGGCUUUUUGAAGGGUUUUUUUUGUUUGUUUUUGUUUUUUUUUGUUUACCGUAUCUCAUCUAGAGAAAUUAGGAGUGGUUUAAAACCUUUGCACAGCACUCUAGGAAGACACACACUUAUACACACAAACAAUGUCAUAAAGAUAAUUUGUGUGUUUUCAGCUCUAGAGACAUGACGUACUGCCAUGAAAAACAAAAGCCACAUGUAUUUUUCUUUUUCUUUUCUUUUUUUUUUUGUUCACCCCCUUUUCACCUUCGCUCUUUACACCUUGGUAACUUGAUCACAGUGUGUAUGAGGGGCUUAUUGUAUACUAACAGUGCAAUCCAAAAGUGCUUUGACAUCUUAUCGGCAGAGUUGGCUUUGUACUUAAAAACUAUGAGUUUCAAGUGAAAUCAGGAGGACUUUAAAUGACUGGUUUAGAUUUAAUUUUGCACCCAUGAGAAAUAAAUGGUGAUGGAAUUUUA